AUGUAUUCUCGUGCGUCUUACCGCCCUCCGCGCUCCCGGUCUCCGACGCCCGCCGUAGACGACGAGGACUAUCAGAUAGUCGGCAACGACAGUGUGCAUUACACCGGUUACUCUCCUCAACGACACUCCCAGGAUCCAGAGAAAAUUGCUCUGCAGCAGACUUCGUUGUACUAUCAACCUCACUCAGAAGACGAUGGAGCUCAGUAUCUUGAUGUAGAGAAACAUUCGCUGUCGAGUGCUGCUUCGCCCUAUACUGAACCAGAUACGCCGGUGAACACCCGUCAUUUUGGGCCUGCUCCGACAGGACGCGUCCUCCGUCGCCAUAAGACGAAGAAGCGCGUACAACUCACUAAUGGUAACCUCGUAGUCGACUUGGAGGUACCUCCGAAGCUUGUGCUGCCGAGAAAGGGGGAACCGGAAAUGAUGAAGAUGAGAUACACGGCCGUCACAUGCGACCCGGACGACUUUGAGAAGAACGGUUUCUUCCUGAGGCAGAAUGAGAGCGGCAGGACGACUGAAUUAUUCAUUGUCAUCACCAUGUAUAACGAGGACGAGGUCCUAUUUUGCCGCACGAUGUACGGGGUCAUGCAAAAUGUCGCACAUCUGUGCUCGCGCAAGAAUUCGCGAACAUGGGGACAGGAUGCUUGGAAAAAGGUCGUUGUCUGCAUUGUGGCGGACGGUCGCAAGAAGGUCCACCCUCGGGUCUUGGAUUGUCUGACCCUUCUUGGAGUGUAUCAACCUGGUGAUCAUAUGAAAAAUAUGAUCAACAACAAGCCUGUAACCGCCCAUCUCUUCGAAUACACAACGUCUUUUGCCCUCGACCCUUCUUUACAUUUCAAGUAUCCUGACAAGGGUAUCGUACCCACCCAAAUUCUCUUCUGUAUGAAGGAGAAGAACCAAAAGAAGAUCAAUAGCCAUCGUUGGUUCUUCAACGCAUUUUCUUCUAUGUUGCAGCCUAAUGUAUGCGUGUUGCUUGACGUUGGUACUCAGCCUAUACCUAAAAGCAUCUAUCACUUGUGGAAAGCUUUUGAUUUGAACUCGAAUGUGGCCGGGGCCUGUGGAGAAAUAGCUGCCUACAAAGGCAAGCGGUGGUCAGCACUGUUGAACCCGCUUGUGGCUGCCCAAAACUUUGAGUACAAAAUAGCCAACAUUCUCGACAAGCCAACGGAAUCUCUGUUCGGAUAUAUCAGUGUAUUGCCCGGAGCGUUCUCUGCUUACCGGUAUAUCGCGUUGCAGAACGACAAACGCGGCAAGGGGCCAUUAGCCUCUUACUUCAAAGGAGAAGUCCUCCACGGACGCGAUACAGAUAUAUUCACUUCUAACAUGUAUCUUGCCGAAGAUCGUAUCCUGUGCUUUGAGCUCGUAGCUAAAGCCAACUCCAAUUGGGUGCUCAAAUACGUCAAGAGCGCCAUCGCUGAGACCGAUGUCCCAGACGCCCUUUCUGAGUUCAUUUCUCAGCGCAGACGAUGGCUGAAUGGAUCCUUCUUCGCUGCGACAUACGCUGUUGCCCACCUCGGUCAGAUUUUGGAAUCGGGCCACAGCCUCAGCCGUAAAGUUUCUCUGGUGUUCCAGACGAUUUACAACGUCAUCAAUCUCAUUGCUGCUUGGUUUGCAAUCGGCAAUUUCUAUCUAUUCUUCAUUAUACUCACGUCAUCUGUGGAAAACCCUGCCUUCCACAUGACCGGGAUCAAAUACUUCAACAUGAUUGUUCAGUUCGUCAUGGGAGGCAUCGUGGUCGCGUGCUUCCUCUUCUCAAUGGGCAACAAACCGAAGGCGUCGCAGUUGAAAUACAAGCUCUCGGCGAUAAUGUUGGCGUGCCUGAUGGUCUACCUGAUCUUCUGCGCGGUCAUGGUUGCUGUACAGGCCGCGGGAUCGGGGGGUAUCGCGUAUACGACCAUGGUGUUCAGUGUCAUUGUCACUUAUGGCAUUUACGUGCUCUCCAGCUUGUUCGCGCUGGAUCCAUGGCAUAUCUUCACUAGUUUUAUCCCAUACCUCCUCCUGUCGCCCACGUACAUUAACAUCCUCAACAUAUACGCCUUUUCCAAUCUCGACGACAUCUCAUGGGGCACAAAGCAAGAUAAUGAAAUUGAGUCCGACCUUGGGGCUGUCAUUCAGAACAGCAACUCUCAGGUCGAUGUCGAGGUUUUGACCGAUGUCGCCGACGUCAAUGGCAUCUACGAGGAAUCGCUUCUCAACCUCAAGCACAAAAAGCCCGUCAUCAAGAACAAUGCCGGCCCCAGCGAUGCCGAGAAGGAACAGGCGGCUAAAGACUACUAUGCGAACGUGCGCACGAAUGUACUACUGAGCUGGGUGCUGUCCAACGCUGUGCUUUUGGUUGCGAUUUUGGGCGGUGGGGACGCGGUAAAUACAUUCAACAGCGGCGAUUCUUUCGGCCGUACCAAGGCAUACAUGACAUUCAUCCUCGCUUUCGUCGCCAUCACUACUGCAGUCCGAUUUUCUGGCUCCACGAUGUACCUCGUCGCACGAGUAUUUACAGGCUGA